AUGGACUACACUAGUCUUCUAAACCCCCGCACGAACGUGAGACAAGAAGACCCCUUUCAAAGCCAUUCUAUCGCUGAAACUAUAGCCACCGGUUCCUCUACUUUUGAAUACCGUAAUUCAGAAGACUCAUUUCUACGAAACGCCCAGCUGGACGACGACGACAUCGAUAGCGACUCAGAAUUAAAGAUGGACGAUUCGAGACAUUCAAGGGUCUUCUUUGUGCUCAAAAAGUUUGUCAAAUACAUUGGACCGGGACUGAUGGUUUCGGUCUCCUACAUGGAUCCCGGUAACUUCAGUUCCUCCAUUUCUUCGGCACAAUUCCAAUAUAAACUGCUUUUCUCCCUGAUGGUUUCCAACAUGAUGGCUGGAUUUUUGCAGAUCUUAGCUAGUAAGUUGGGUAUCUGCACAGGUCAGGAUUUGGCGUCGAAUUGUCGCACUCACUUACCCAAGUAUCUUAAUUGGGUCAUCUACGUUUUUGCUGAACUGGCUGUUGCGGCAACCGACAUGGCCGAAAUUAUCGGUACCGCUAUUGCAUUCAACAUUCUAUUUGGCUUACCUUUGCUAGGUGGAGUGUUACUCACCUUUUUGGACAUUAUUUUUGUCCUCAUGGCAUACAGACCAAACGGGCCGUUGGUUGUUAUCCAGGUGUUCGAGGCAGCUGUUGGUGUGCUUGUUUUAGGAACUGUUGUUUGUUUCAUUAUUGAGCUCGUCAACGUUUCUCCAUCCACCAAUUGGAAAGCCGUCUUCCGUGGCUUCCUGCCUUCCAAGGAGAUCUUUUCAGACACCAAGGGAUUGUACCUUUCCGCUGCAUUGUUGGGAAGUAACUUGAUGCCUCACUCCCUGUACCUGGGUUCAGGUGUGGUUCAAUCUCGGAUGAAAGCAUUUGACAUUAGAAACGGAUUCUACUCUCCUCCUGUGCCUCAGAAGAAGAGCAAGUUGUUCUUGUGCGGAUCUCUUGACGGCGAGACCGAACAGUCUAAAUACAAGCCUUCCAUCAAUGCGAUCAAGGACACUAUGUCGUACACCAUUGCUGAGAUGGUGAUAUCCCUGGUCACCGUUGCACUUUUUGUCAAUGCAUCGAUUUUGAUUGUUGCCGGAACGGCUCUUUCGACUCCAAUGGACGACGACGGAGAUGGAGAUUUGGAAAACGCCGACUUGUUCACUUUACAUUAUCUUUUGUCGAGUCAGCUGUCGAAAGCUGCAGGAACAGUUUUUGCGCUGGCUUUACUUUGUUCGGGACUUUGUGGAGGAACUGUUGUCACCAUUGCCAGUCAGAUGAUCAUGGAGGGACAUGCGCGCUUCUCGAUGCAUCCUGCUCUUCGUCGUAUCAUUACACGGUUAUUUGCAAUAACUCCGUGUAUUGUUGUUGUCUUGGUUCAAGGAAGAGAAGGAUUGAGCAGCAUUCUUAAUGCUUCCCAGGUUGUUUUGUCCUUACUGUUACCAUUUAUCAGUGCACCGUUGAUUUACUUGACAUGCAAGAAGAGUAUCAUGCGGGUUUCUCUUAAUGGAGAAGACCGGAGCGACCAGCGAUCCAUCGCCGAGAGUAUACCUCUGAGUACGUUCUCUGAGGAUACGAUCAAUCUUUUGAGCGAUCAAGAUGAGCAGGUUGACGAGUCUGAGCGUGUUUCCGACUCUGUUUCCGAGUGUGUGCCCGACUCCGUUUCCGAGUGUGUGCCCGACUCCGGUUCCGGCGAUCCUGUCACUACUGAGGUCAACCAGGUUUCCAGCUCUGACCAGGCCACCACUCAUAUCACCACCGACACGGAUGCUCCUCAGUACAAGGACAUGAGCAACAACCUAAUCACGUCGAUUUUUGCCGUUCUUGUUUGGGUCAUCAUCUCCUUCAUGAACUUCUGGCUGCUGAUCAGCUUGGCCAUGGGCAAGGACGUUCCUGUGUAG